GCGGCGGCGACAUGUCGGUGAACAUGGAUGAGCUGAAGCACCAGGUCAUGAUCAACCAGUUCGUGCUGACCGCGGGCUGCGCCGCCGACCAGGCGAAGCAGCUGCUGCAGGCGGCGCACUGGCAGUUCGAGUGUGAACCACUGACUUACCUGGAGUUACUCCAGAUUUACACAGUGGGAGAGGGGAGUCCAGCCCCUUCCAUCCAACACUCCCUCUGGUCUGUUUGAUUGUUUAAUUCUCCAGAGUCUCUCAAACUCCCAAAUGAUUUGGAUGUUCCUCAGAAUGUCAGCUAAAUGGGGAUUUCUACACCAGUGCCUCAGCCUGAUGUUAGGGGGUGCUGUGCUGCUGGAGACUGCACUCAGUGCUUUUUUCCAAGAAACAAACAUCCCCUACAGCCAUCACCAUCAGAUGAUGUGCACUCCAGCCAACACGCCUGCCACGCCCCCCAACUUCCCCGAUGCCCUCACCAUGUUCUCCCGCCUCAAGGCCUCCGAGAGCUUCCACAGCAGCAGCCCUGUAGCGUCUAUGGCGACCUCCCCUCCUCCCCCACCCCCACCACUCCCCCAGCCCGGGGGCUUCACCCCAGCCUGGCCUGCAGCUCUCCACUCCAGCCAGCAGCAGCAGAGCAUGUGGACUUCGCCCUCGCAGCCGUCGGACUGGCCCGCCACAGUCUCCCAACAAGCCACGUCAGAACAGAAGGCCAACGUGACCAUGGAGGCCGAGAGAUGAGGCCGUGGGGGAGCGGGAACACAAUGUGGGGAGGGCCCACAUGGCCCCAGCGUUCAUUUCACCUUCCCCUUUCCGAGGAAGAGAGGAACUUUGUUGCCUCGGAGACUGGCAACCACAUUCAGACAGACAGACACAUGAGCAAAUAGCCACCUUGCAUGGGUUUGGUUUGAAGUAGUUUUUACUUGUCCUAGAGCUGACCGGAGCUCCCCAGAGACCCAGGGAGGCCACGGUGAAUGCAAGAGCCAUCUCUGGCUUCUGUGUCCCGGAGCCUGACUUUAUAGGAAUCUCUCAAUGAGGGGACCCCCUUCCCAUCUUUCCUGCUGGGAUGCUGGAUUUUUGCAUGCAAGUGACUUUUGGGUGGGAGUGGUAAAUCCCUUCUUCAUGACCCACUUCUCCCUCCUAGCACCUGGAGGGGUCCCACUGGCAGGCAGAAUGGGGCUGUGGGUAAUACACAUCUCCCCCUUCCUACACGGCUCCCCCAACCCCGCCAAAUGGGGUUUUUUAAAGGAAAAAGGAAAAAAAAAAUCUGCUCAGCUGUGGGCCUUGAACCAUGCACUGAGCUCGCAUUGUACCGAGAAGGAGGUGAACGGGAACUCCUUUGGAGAAUAUAGCCACUUGUUUUCUAUGACCCCAGCUUUCUGCUUUCCCCAGGGCGAGGACCUGCACCCCCUCUCAGAGCCUGGGGGAUCAGAUUCCCAUUGAGACGUGUGGGUGAGGCUGGCUGGGCGCAACUGGGCAGUCUCAUGCCGCCGGGAUGGAGGGCUGGCGCCCUUUGCAUGACAGCGUAUGCCCCACGGAGGCUGGGCUUGCUUUGACACCCUCUGUUCUUUGCUCCCUGCGGGGGGAAGGCCCUUCGGACGCGCUCUGGCGGCACCAGGCCUGGGCAUUCCGCAGGGGCCGCUUGCAAUACACGCUCUUCUGCUUUGAA